AUGAGCUCGUCUCUACGCAACAGAGCAGCAAGACCCCAAGCUGAACACUCCUCCCAGCACAAAGAGGCAGUCAGAUCAUUUCAUGAAUGGAUCUUGGAGCACUUAAAAACGGACACCUUGCAGAAAGCUAAGGUAGCAAUAUUAGCCGCGGAAUCCGAAAAAACUUUCUUAAGCAACGAACUGGAUGCGCAGAGGAAGGUAGUGAAGGGAUUGACUGCGCAAAACUCCCAGAUGAGUGCCCAGCUUCUCAAACUGAGCUCUCUACUGACUCGCAAAGGAGAGCUCCGCAAUACAGAAGAAGCUAUUCCUCGAUUAGAAGAGUGCCCUAGACCAGAAUAUGAACAGGUACUCUUACUUGUGCUCCAGCAAACCUUCAAUUCUUCUCCAGCGACAAUUCAGAGAAUUUCGCGUAUCCAUAACCAAGAGCAUCGGCUUUCAGAAUUAGCGAAUACUAUAAAGGAAGAAGUGGCGCGGAUUGUAGACGCAAACAAUGCGCUGCAGGCCCAACUAGAUAUAGAGUUAAACGCUCAUGGCAUAAUAGUCGAGAAAGACAGAAUUAUCAACAAUCUGGAGCUAAACGUGGAGGACUGUCAAGCGACAAUUCAAGCAAAGGAUAGAAAAAUCCGGGAACUACAGUGCCGAGAACAAGAAGACUCGUUGAAGAUUAAUACUCUCACACAACACUUUGAAGACUUGCAAAAGAGAAGCUAUGGGCUUAGUAACCGUAUGGAAACAAUGCAAGCAUGCAAUGAGGGGCUCAAACAAACAGUAGAUGAUCUACAGAAGAAAAUUUCAGAGCUUGAAAAGCAGAACCAUCUAGAUGCUGGUGCGUCUGAAGAGUUGCUGGCGAUAUCCACUGGUUUGAACACUUCGCUUUCGUCCAGCAAUGUAGGCUUACAGGGUAUCAGAGACGAUCUAGAUAAUCUAGCAGCCGAGACCCAGACUUCAUUAAUCAGACUCGCAAAUAAUUGUGAUCAUUCCGUACUAACAUCCAAGUUGGUUGGAGAAGAGAAGAUGUGCGGCUCGGAUUUUUCUGAACUACCAACAAUAAGUCCAAGUGAUAAUGAAGCCCAGCCAAUAAGCUUGCUGCAACGAAUUUGUGCGUCCAUAUUAGAGCCAGAUGCAACUAUCGAUAGACUCAGAAUCUAUGUGACCAACGAAAUGCCGACUAGCAUUUCCAACGUAGCCCUGACAAGCGGUAGGUCACAGAAAGCUGCACACAGCGCUUCUAUAGGAGUCUCCAAGGGGUCUCAAUCAUCUGUCGAUAGAGUAGCAAAGCUGCGUGCCUCCAAGAGCACUCAAACAGAUGUGUCCCUGUCACAGGUGUCCAAGAUGCUUAUAAACGAGAAGAGAUUGCGGGACAAAGUAAGUCUUCUUGAGAAUCGUCUGAGAGAACGCGAACUAGCUGUGCAGUCUCUGGAGAAAAAGCUUGCUGAAUGUACAGAAAGAUCAGUCUGGCUAGAGCUCUGGGAAACACGCGUUGCAACCCCGCCGAUCUCUUAUGUAGCUGAUUGUGACCGCGUUGACACUGCGGCAGGCUCUACAACCAGCUACUCUUCUUCAGCAGAGACACAGACAGACCCCUGCUUGAGCCUGGAGGCUCCAGACCCAUCCUGGCCCGAUUUUCAAGAGAAAAUGGACUUGUUUGAAGCAACACUCAAUAAUCUUUACUUGGCGUUGCAACAACAGAAGGCGAAUGCUGGACACGACUUGCGGAUAGAGGAUCUUGCGACAACAAUUCGUACCCAGAUUCUCGAGGCGCUUAAUGGCACGACGACAGCGUCCGUUUUUACUAACGAUCGUAACCUUGAUCUGUCAAUUAUUACUGAUGACAUUGUUGACUACGAUCGUAGCCUGCUUCAUCUACAACAAAAGAAAUCUGAACAACGACCAGGUAACCGAGGGAUCUUCCCCUUCUGGAAAUAA